ACAGGUCGGUGAUUCAUCUCAGGAUUGUGAUUUCGAAGUUCGAUUUUGAGCACAGCUCCGUGAUUUAUCUCCGUGGAUUUGGGACUCUUCGUCUUCUUCGAUCAGAGAUGGAAUUUUGCGUCUUGAGGUCAACAGGAUGCUGAGGGCAGGGGGACACUUUGUUUGGGCAGCACAAUCUGUUUAUGAGCAUGAAGAUAACUCGCAAAAACAAUGGAAAGAAAUGGAGAACCUUUCUUGGUGUAUUUGUUGGGAACUUAUAAAGAGGGAAGGGUACAUUGCUAUAUGGAGGAAGCCUCUGAAUAACAACUGCUAUGUUAAUCGGCAUCCUCAAUUACAACCUCCUAUAUGUGAAGCCAAUGACGAUCCAGACAAUGUUUGGUAUGUCAGUCUAAAGGCAUGUAUCACUCCGUUACCUGAGAAUGGUUAUGGGGCUAAUGUUACUAGCUGGCCCACACGCCUUCAUUAUCCACCAGACAGGCUACUUACCAUAAAAAUGGAUGCCUACAAUUCCCGAAAGGAAAUAUUCAGAGCAAAGUCAAAAUAUUGAAACGAUCUUGUAAAUGGUUAUGUUAAUGCCUUCAAUUGGAAAGACUUACACCUACGAAAUGUGAUGGACAUGAAGGCUGGAUAUUGAGGGUGCCUUCCUUUUUCUUCUUCUUUUUCAUCUCUUUAUAUAUGUUUACCCUUCUCUAAAUCUGGAAGAGUGCUUUUUAAUUUUGAUUGUUUGAAUUCCUAUAUCAUGGGUACUUUGUUCAUGGCAGGUUUGCUGCAGCAUUACAUGAUUAUGGGAUUGAUUGCUGGGUUAUGAAUGUUGUUCCUGUUAGCAGUUACAAUACAUUGCCUGUUAUUUUUGACCGUGGACUCAUAGGAGUUGUGCAUGAUUGGUAUGGGCUAUGCACCUUUUCUAUAUAUUGUUGUGAAAUAAAUUCACUUGUACAAAUUCCAUUUUCUUGAAUAGCUCAGGCCAUUGAGAUACUGCAAACUUCAUCCACUUAAGUUGUAACUCAUAAGUUUUAAUUAUUUUUCAAACUAAUUCAUCUUCAUUGCAUAAAAAAAAUAAUAAUAAUAAUAAUUUGGUCCAUUGAGAUUCUAUAAUUUGAAAGAUAUUUUGACUGUUAGUUUUCCAGAAUAAUUUACCUAACAUGUCACAGGGUUCACUCUUUCUUUGCUCCCUCCUCACUUAAAAGAAAAUUAUAUAGGGACAAAAGAAAUUAAAUUCUAGUUGUAGAAUGCUCCUCAAGAUGGGGAAAAUUAUAAAUGCAUCAGUAGUAGGAGUAAGGAAGAAAAGUGAAAAGAUUUUCUUGAUUUCAUCCCCUUGAAAGACAUUGGUAUUGGAGAGGAUUUCAUUUGGCAAUGAAGUCAAUAUUUUCCCUCCUAAAUGUUAAAAAUAUAUUUUCCCUCCUAAAUUGGUGCUUGAGAUUUGUAAAUUUUUGCUCAUGGAACUAGAGGAAUAGAAUUGGUUGAUAACUAUUUUCCACUUUCCUAUUCAAUUUUGAAGACAAAAUUGUUAUUAGAAAUUGAUUGGACCAUAUCCAGGUGAUACUGUCUUGAUCUACAGAGUUU